AUGGCGCCGACGGUGGAGGUGCUGACGUCGGAGGUGGUCGUCCCGGCCGAAGAGACUCCGGCGGGGAGCAUCUGGCUGUCCAACCUGGACCUCGCCGCGCGCCGCGGGUACACGCCCACGGUCUACUUCUUCCGGCCCAACGGUGACCUGGGGUUCUUCGCGGCGGACGUCGUCAAGGGCAGCCUCGCCAGGGCGCUGGUCGCGUUCUACCCGCUCGCGGGGCGGCUCGGGGUCGACGGCGCCACCGGGCGCGUCCAGGUGGACUGCACCGGCGAGGGCGCGGUGUUCGUGACCGCGCGGUCGGACUACGCGCUGGACGACCUGAUGCGCGAGUUCGUGCCGUGCCGCGAGAUGCGGGACCUGCUGGUGCCCCCGACGCCCGCGCCGAAUCCGCCGUGCGCGCUGCUGUUCGUGCAGGUCACGUACCUGCGCUGCGGCGGCGUCGUCCUCGCCCUGUCCAUGCACCAUUCCGUUUGCGACGCGCGGGGUGCCGCGCACUUCCUCGAGACGUGGGCGAGCAUCGCGCGCGGGGACGACGCCGACGCCGCGACCGCGAACGCCAACGCUCCCGUGCCGCCGUGCUUCGACUACGGGCUGCUCGCCGCGCGCCCGGGCCCGGCUCGCGCGGUGCUGUACGACCACCCGGAGUACAAGCCGGAGCCAGAGCCGGCGGUGGUGGACGCCGGCGCCGCCGCGUCCGACGACUACGCGAGCGCUAUCAUCGUCGUGACCAAGGCGCAGGUGGGCGCGCUGAGGGCGCGGUGCCCGGGGGCGUCCACGUUCCGCGCCGUGGUGGCGCUGGUGUGGCAGUGCGUGUGCCGCGCGCGGUCGCUGCCGCCCGAGACGGAGACGCGGCUCUACUCCAUGAUCGACAUGCGGUCGCGCCUGGACCCGCCGCUCCAGCCGGGGUACUUCGGCAACGCGGUGGUGCGCACGUCUGUCUCCGCCACGGCCGGCGAGGUGGUGGGCAACCCCGUGGGUUACGCGGCACGCCGCGCGCUGGCGGCUACGAGCCAGGGCGACGACUACGCGCGGUCGCUGGUGGACUACCUGGAGGGCGUGGACGCCAUGAACCUGCCCCGGAAAGGCAUCUCGCGCGCGCACCUCCGCGCCAUCAGCUGGGUGGGCAUGUCGCUGUACAAGGCCGACUUCGGGUGGGGCGCGCCGGCGUUCAUGGGGCCCGCGCUCAUGUACUACAGCGGCUUCAUGUACGUCAUGAACGCGGCCGGGAAGGAGGGUGCCCUCGCGCUCGUGCUGUCGCUGGAGCCGGAGACCAUGCCGGCGUUCAGGAAGGUGUUCGCCGAGGAGCUCGCCAGCUUGGAGGUGCUGUAG